AUGUUGCGCCGAGCUAGCUCGUGUACGCCUCCACAGAGUCCUAGACCUGCAAAAAGGCAGAAGGUGCAACACUUGACGUCGGAAAGCUUCAAAAAUGGAGUUAUGCUGGCACCAAUGGUCCGAUCCGGUUCUCUGCCUACCCGUUUAUUUGCGCUGAAGCAUGGUGCAACACUUGUUUGGUCGCCGGAAGUUGUUGACAAAGCUAUUCUACAUGCUGAGAGAGUCAUUGAUCAAAAGCCGUACCUUAUUUAUCAAGUUGGCUCAGCAGAUCCUGAGCUUGCUGUAAAAGCUGCACAGACAGUGCAGCAGGACAUCUCCGGCAUAGACCUCAACUGCGGGUGUCCGAAGCCAUUCUCCACACAUGCAGGAAUGGGAGCUGCACUCCUUACGAACCCGGAUCUUCUAUGUUCUAUUCUAAAAGCGUUGCGUGCAGCAAUGCCUCCAGAAAUUUCAGUAUCUGCAAAGAUCCGCCUACUUCCAACUCAGGAGGAUACGCUCAAGCUGGUAGAACGAAUAGUGGAUACCGGGAUAACUAAUUUGACUGUGCACUGUCGAACGCGAAAUAUGCGACCUAGGGAACAGGCCUUGAUUGGUAGAAUGCGCGAGAUUGUUGAGUUUGUGGAGAAGAUGGGUAAGGGCGUAUCAGUCAUUGAAAAUGGUGACUGUGUUAGUCGGGAGGAUGCUAUACGCAUACGGGACAUCACUGGUGCUCAUUCUUGCAUGAUUGCAACUGCUGCGGAGUCAAAUCCGACUUGCUUCUCGCCCACCCCACUCUCCGAUCUCAUCAAGACGUUUGUUCCUUCAUACAUUCGGCUGGGACGAUAUCUAGGUAACCAUUUUGGGAACACUAAGUUUUGCGCGAUGACGUUUAAAGGUGCAAAUAAGGACGUCAAGAAGGCUGAACGACAGAGACUCACGGAGAAACUACAUCGUGCUAAAUCAUACGAGGAUCUGGACGAGUUCGUCGGAAGCUUAUGGAACGGUGACGAAGAGUUGCGCGAAAUCGAGAACAGUAUCGCCGCACGUGUCAAUGGCGUUUUGUAUCCACUUGAUCCUCCCCCUCCAAAGGCUAUGCAGGAGAAGAUGGAGAAAGAACUCAUAAACUCGGUUUCAAAUGGAAUGGAUGCUGGCAGGUCUGAUGCAUUGUUGAACGCUGGAUCGUUGGAGAAUGAGCCAACACCAUCGAAAACUCCGCCCGACCGCGAAAACCCUGAGCCAGUGUCAACUAAUGCUCCUCUCUUACCCGUGAACGAGCAACUCAUUCCAAUACCUGCCUUGGUCAUUGGUGAAGAUGCUCCGACGCCUUCACCGACACCUAGACCUUAG